CUAUUGGCAACUCUAGGGCAGGAUGAUUUUUAAGAAUUUCUAUGACAGUUAAAAACAAUCGAUUAAUUUCCUUUUUUUCACACCAAGAGCGACAAUAAUAAAGAAGAAAAAAGGAUUUUUUUUAUUAAAUUAAAUAGCAGCAGCUAGUUAAAAAAGAAAAGUUUAAAAUUAAUGAAAAGUUUGUAAAAAGAAAACUAUUUCUGAAGGCUGAGAACUGAAAAAAGAAAGAAAGUGAAAGAAAGAAAAAAUUGGCAAAAACAAAACACAUUUAAUGAACCCAACAGAAGCAGACGAAAAAUUGCCCUCAAAGAAGGCGGAAGAGAACGAAACACCUCAAGACCACUCAAUGUCGGAUGAGGAGGAAAAUACGAGCUUCCCCGAGGAUUUGUCUUUUCGACAAAGACAGCUGGCAAUGCAGCAAACGAAUGCAAGUGGGCCGCCCCCUACUAACAACACAACCCCUAAUACACGCUCCACACACACUUCCGAUAUGAAAAGAUCUGCCGUCAAGGAACUAAUUGAACGUUACUUCUAUCAGCUGCAGCGUGGCUGUGGCAAUCCCCAAUGUUCGAAUAAAAAUUGUGCCUCCAGCGGUCAGGUGGCACCCAUGACUCCCAAUGAAAUAGCUGCUAAAGCUAUACAAUUGUUUUCACAAGAUGCCAAAUUAUGUGAAUGCUAUAAUACACAACAACCACCCAAAGUACCUAGAACGGGUCCACAACAUGAAUCUCCCACAAGUUCUAAUCGUUCUAACGCCGCCGAUACGCCUCUCAAUGAAAAUAUGGAUUCUCUGGAACACAGCAGUAGUACUUCAAAUAGUACCAUUACCUCAGGCAGCUCCAGCGCUUCAUCCUCCUCCACUGGCAGUAGUAAUACCAAUAUUUCUAGCUGUGCUACCAUAGAAAUGCCUUUGUUAGUGGCUUUAGGUGAAGUGGCUGGCGGCGGAGAUAAUAAUGCUGAUGAUGCCACUGCCUCUGCUGGUAAUUUAAAAACCUCUGAUCCUCCCACACCUACCUUAGCUCCUGUAGAGUACCUAAACGAACAGAUACUCGAUGAACUGAUUGAGGAAUGUAAGAAAUACAAAAGCUACGAUCGUCUAAUACAUGCCAUCAAUGAUGUCUAUUGUUCGGUCAAGAAACUAAGUAAAAGUUUUCGACGUCCUCCGCUGGCUAAACUUACCUCAAGUGCGGCAGCCUCUAAACUACAAGAGCUAUUGGGCAAAUCACCACAAGAACUGAAAAAAGAAGAUUUACGUACUUUAGAGGGAGAACAAACAGAUGAGGAUAGCACCUGUCUAGCGGAGGAUGAUGAUAAUGAUGAUAACAAACAACAGCCAGGUGAGGAGGUGGAGGAUGACGACGAGGAGCUACCAGACGUAAAUGAAUUAAAAAAUAUAUAUGGAAAUUCAGUGGGAAGUGUCUCAGAGGCGGCGGGCUCUAGUACCAGCUUAAUGGCAGCAGUAGCUGGCAGUAGUGGUGCAGGGUUAGGCGGCGGCGAUAGCAUAGAACCCAUGGAUGAGGAUGCAAACUCUGACGACUUAGAUGAUAUAGUCGAAUGGUCACAGAGCUGUGAUACUCAGGUCGAUUUUGAGAGUUUAAGGCGGGUGAAGAAGAAACUUCAUGGUCUGAAAAGAAAAGUGGUGCGUGAGGCUAUAAAUGAAAAUAUCAUCUUGCUGGCCGAGAGUAUUAAACAUGGCCGCUUCUAUGAUUGGGAAAAGGUUUUACAUUGUUUCGUCAUCUGUUUCGAUAUGUCAAUGGCAUUUUCUAAUCGUUUUGUAGACUUUGAAUAUAUGGAAGUCAGUAUGCCAAAAGUUUGCCAGGCUGCCGUUGUAAUGCCUGUGCAGGCACAAGCCAGAUUGGCCCGUAUUUGGGCGACACACUAUAAAGAUAAUCUACAUCCCUUCAUACAAUCGCUACAACAAUUAAUAGCUUUACAAGUAAUGCUAGACGAAGAUGCCGUACAAGAGAAUCCCGAUGUUAUAGCCAUAACCAAAGUUUUAAAGAUUGUUUUCUAUGCCAAUAUAUUGGCAGGAGAAGUUGAUGCUUAUAAUAUAUCGACGUCCGGCAAGGAGUCAGCAGCAGAGGCAGAAGCAGCCUCCAGCUCUUCGGGGGCAGCUGGUUCUUCCAACGAUGACUAUAAUAUAUUUCACUAUAGUCAAGUACUCUAUCCUUAUCAUGCGGCCUUUGCUGAGGAUAAACUGGAAAAAGAAUUAAAUAUUUCCAGUAUGGAUUGUCGUGUUCCUCUAGUGCCCUAUGAAGAGUUUUACAAUGAAACCCUAAGUGAUGCCAUACAAAUGGAUCGUGAUUAUUUAUCCUAUAAGAAUUUAUCGCUAGAUCCUCUAGGUGUAGAUAGUUUAGGAAAUCACUUUUCCUUUAUGCUGUAUUCUUUUAUCUUGACCCCGGCCACCAAAGUUAUUGCUUUAUAUUACGAUAGUCGCAUACGCAUGUACAGUGAACGCAAUUCUUCCCUUUAUUCAUUAUUAUACUACUACGAUGGCAAUGAGGUAGUGGCCCAACCGAAUCUUAAACUAAAAGUUCGUCGUGAUAAUAUUGUUAAUGAUGCUCUAAUAGGGCUGGAACUGGUGGCCAUGAGCAAUCCAAAAGACUUGAAAAAACAAUUGGUAGUAGAAUUUGUGGGUGAACAGGGCAUAGAUGAGGGUGGUGUUUCAAAGGAGUUCUUUCAAUUAAUUGUCGAGGAACUAUUUAAUCCCGAUUUUGGCAUGUUUACUCAUCAGGAAGAUACCAAUACAAUGUGGUUUAACUCUACUCCCUUCGAGAAUGAAGCACAAUUUACUUUGAUCGGCAUUAUUAUAGGUUUAGCUAUUUACAAUAACAUAAUUUUGGCUGUGAAUUUUCCCAUGGUAGUGUAUCGUAAACUAAUGGGUGGUCGAGGUUCCUUUUAUGAUCUUCAGGAUUGGAAUCCUACACUCUAUAGAAGUCUUAAGUCAAUGCUCGAUUACGAGGAACCCGAUAUGGAAGAUGUUUUUAUGCAAACUUUUAAAAUUAGCUAUAAAAAUGUUUUCGAUGAAGUAGUCGAACAUGAACUGAAACCGGGUGGUGGUGAAAUAGUCGUAUGCCAAGAGAAUAAAAGAGAAUUCGUUGAUUUAUAUAGUGAUUUUUUGCUCAACAAAAAUAUUGAAAGACAAUUUAAAGCCUUCAAAAAAGGUUUUGAUAUGGUAACAGAUGAAUCGCCUUUGAAGUUACUAUUCCGACCGGAGGAGGUGGAGUUGUUGGUGUGUGGCAGUAGGAAAUUCGAUUUUAUGGAAUUGGAAGAUUCUACAGAAUAUGAGGGUGGCUAUACGAAAGAAACUCAAAUUAUCAAAGAUUUCUGGAGUAUUGUACACAAUCUACCGGAAGAAUCGAAACGUAAACUAUUGGAAUUUACUACCGGUUCAGAUCGAGUGCCUGUCGGUGGUUUAAGUCGCCUUAAAUUGUUGAUAACACGUCAUGGUCCCGACAGCGAUCGUUUGCCUACUUCUCACACUUGUUUCAAUGUUCUCUUGCUGCCCGAGUACAGUAGCAAAGAAAAACUAGAAGAAAGACUUUUAAAGGCCAUUAACUACUCUAAAGGUUUCGGUAUGUUGUAAACCUUACCAACCGCACGUACUUUAAAGAGUAAACAAAUUAACCGAAAAGUAACGAAUAUUAAUCAUUAACAGCCAAAUAUUUUGUAUAUUGUUUGUUUAAAUAAGAAUGAAUGAAUAAUUAAUGAGAAUGAAAAGUCUUAAAUAGUUUAUUUUAAAGUUAGUUUUAAUACUUAUAUUUUUUUAAAACUUCUUUAACAUAAACUUAAUAAACUUUUUUUUUUAAGACUUUAUGUGUAAAACGAAGACCACCUAACUUCUAAAAGAAAAAUUUUUAAACGCUAUUGCUUGUUUGAGAAAAGCUAAAGAAAACUAUUUUACUUUAAGAACACUCACUACAUACAUUUUUUCACACAACUAUUAAACAAAAAAUGAAAUCAUUUACUUUUACAUAUUUUUAUACUUAUAAGCUUCUUUUUUCUUCUACUUACUAGAAUCCUGUUUAAUAUAUUCAUUUUCGCUAAUUUAUUAUUUAAAUAUUUAAAACAUUUAAAAAAUAUAAUAUACAUAUAUUAUUGGCA